UCCGCAAGUAAAACAAAACUUUUAUAGGCUUUUAAAGAAAAUAAAGUUGUCCAAACUAGCGUCGCUCUGAGAUGAGAGCCGGAUUUUCUCUGGCUAUGAUAUCCUCGCAGUCUUCACUGCUGCCCUCGAUGCUACGCCCCGCCAAUGGAAUUGUAUUAUCCUCUUCUUAUUCUUCCCCUGUUGGUAGGCCAUGGUUGCUCCGACCGAUUUCCUUUAUAUCCGAUACAGCUGCCGGCGGACCACGAGCCGAAUGUAAGCAGCUCCGGUGGCCAAGAAUCAUAAUCGCCGCACCCUUUUUUUUUCCACUGCCCUUUCGAUUUCCCUUACUCGCUGGAUGCGGUCUCCGGAAAUUCUGCAGUCUUCGGGCGUCUCAGGCUUCUGAUUCUUCCGCAUCCAUUGACUCCAACACCAUCCAGUCAAUGGAGACUAAGAUCAAAGAUCAGCUAAAUGCAGACGUAGUCAUUGUGAAAGAUGCCUAUGGUGAUGGCCGGCAUGUUAGCAUUGAUGUAGUUUCAGAGGCAUUUCAGGGACAAUCUGCUGUUAAUAGGCAGAGAAUGGUGUAUAAAGCGAUCUGGGAAGAACUUCAGAGUACAGUUCAUGCGGUUGACCAGAUGACUACAAGAACUCCUUCUGAAGCUGCAGGCAAUAAAUAAAGUAGAAUAAGGAAGUAGAUGUAUCCAUUUUCUUGAUUGUGGGAGAAAUUCUAUGCUAUAAUUCUUCCAUUUGACAAUUUUGGUUCUCUAUCUAUCUUUUUUUGCUUGUCAUCAAUUAUGUGUCCCCUUCUCCAUUCAGGAUUUCUAAAUGUUUUAUUGUAACUUUUGAAAUUAAUGGCCGAAAAUUAACUCCAUGAAUUGGGAAUUGGUUUAAUUA